AUGGGUGACUGGUUUUUAGAGCUGCAACACCUGCAGAGACGCAGCAUUGGGUACUGGGACUCCUGGAGGCGGAGCCAGCAGAAAACAAGGCGGCGCUUAAAGGAGCAGUUGGGUGGGGCCUUAUCAGGAUUGUUGCUGUGGAAACACACGCUCCAUAAGAUCGAAGGUCAGUUUGGGGUUGGGGUGAAGGCGUACUUCGUGUUCCUGCGGUACCUGCUGUGUCUGAACCUGCUGUACAGCAUCAUUAUCACCGGAUCCGUGCUGAUGCCGACGCUAACUUCCAGAAACUACUCAGAACACAUUUUUAUCUUUUUAGAAUCUCCGGGAUUCCAGACCUACUCAUUUAAAGACUUUUUUGUCGGAUCAGGUGUUCUUGAAACCUCUCCAGUGUUUCAUAGUUUCUACAGUCAUGGGUCUCUUGAUUCAAAAUGUCCAACUUCUCCAAUCCUCUUUCUACUUGGCAUGAUCUCUGUCCUCUUCCUCAGCUACAUCAUGGUGGUCCGCAGGACGGUGGUCGGCUACAAACACUCGUGGCUCACAGGAAACCGCUUCAGUUCCAACAUGAGUAACAAGGUCUUCAGUGGGUGGGAUUUCUCCAUCCAGAGCCCUGAAGCAGCGUCACUGAAACACAACUUCAUCAGGAACGAAUUCAAGAUGGAUCUAGAAGAGCAGACGUUUCAACAGAGAGUCCAGCAGCGAACGCUCAAACACUGGGUUCAGCUCAUCUUGCUGCGAGUCUUUCUGAACUUCCUCGUGCUGGUUCUUCUGGGCAGCUCAUUCAUUCUGAAUUUUUUUGCAAGACGUUUGUCACACACUGAGUGUGGGAAUCAAUGGACUGUGUGUCUGAUAUUGAAGUAUCUUCCUGCGAUCACAAUGACGACAGUAAACUACAUACUUCUACACGUCUUUAGUAAGAUCUCAAAGUUGGAAGAUUACUCGCUCACCAUCCAGUUGAACCUCACUCUAAUCAGGAGCAUUUUCCUAAAUUUGGCGUCUUUGGGCAUCUAUCUGAUCUUCCUCAUUGUUCAAGUUUCUUCAGAUAAACCCAAGUGUGAAGAGAACGCGUUUGGAAAGGAGAUGUACAGACUUACCAUCUUAAACUUCCUGAUGUGUUUCUUCAAUGCAUUUUUUGUGGCCUACCCAAGAACGUUGUUGGUGGAGAGGUUUCCUUCAUCAAAUCUGGCGCAGAUAUUAGGCAAGCAGCAGUUUGAGAUCUCCUUCAAUGUUCUGGAUCUGGUCAACAGUCAGACGGUCACAUGGGUCGGUGUGUUUUACUGUCCUCUACUGCCGGCCAUCAGCGCCAUCAGGUUCCUGUUCCUCUUCUAUUUCAAGAAGUUCACAGUGCUGCGGUGUUGUGUUCCAGCUCAGAGAAUGUUCCGGACAGCCAGUUCAUCUGUUCUCUUCCAUUUCAUGCUAUUGUUGGGUCUCUUCAUGGCUAUGAUCACAUUAAUUGCCAAUAUCUUCAGGUUUGAACAGGGUAACUGUGGCCCGUUUGAAAACACAACCGUGUUUAUUGUGACCAGUGGGUGUAUAGAAGAGAAGCUGCCCGGUCCGCUCAACUACAUCUUAUCUGAGGCCUUCGCUUUCGCUCUGAUACUGGCUGAGGUAGUCAUACUGACGUUGUACGUGUCUCGCAGACGAGCAAAUCAUAUAGCCAUGGGGAGACUAAAGGACAUGUUGGUGAUGUGCAGCUCUGAUAAACGUUUCCUGGUGAAGCAGCACUCGGCGAUUAUGAGACGACAGCAGAGGACAUGUUAACAUCACGUGAAAUAAAUAUGACAAAACUAAAACAAACAGUAACUUAAACUCUUCAUUUAUUAAAGUGCAGGAAAAUAAACUGCUGCAAGGAUUGAUCUGAAGCUACUCAGCAAACAGUGGUCUAUGUGUUUAUAAGUGUCAUGGAGAACUGUUUUUGGUUUUAAUAUAAACGCACAUCAGGGGGGAAAUAAAAUAAAUUCACCAAAUGUGUGACAUGAGUCUUUUAAAGUUUAAUUUUCUGAUUUCAUUUCAUACCAUAAACCCAUAAACCUGGGUUUAUAAUAUAAGGUCAAAGUUCACCUAAAUGUCAGUUUAAUGUGUAAAGUAACGAUGA